AUGGCUGAGGAAUCUGAUGUGACAGCAACAAGUCGUACUUGUGCCUGUCAAGGUCUCGAUCCAGAGACAUGUGGAGCAUCCUUUUCAUUUGGCUGUUCUUGGAGCAUGUAUUACAAUGGCUGUAAGUUUGCCAGAAGCAAAAUCCCCAGAAAAUUUAGACUUCUCACAGAUGAUCACACCCAAGAAGAAAAUCUGGAAAACAAUUUGCAGACUUUAGCUACUGAUGUGGCUCCAUUAUAUCAGAAACUUGCCCCCGAUGCUUUCCAGAACCAGGUGGAGAAUGAGCAUCUUGGUCCUGACUGUCGUCUUGGGAUCAAAAAAGGCCGGCCUUUCUCUGGUGUGACCGCUUGCAUUGAUUUCUGUGCCCAUGCACACAAGGAUACUCACAACAUGCACAAUGGAAGCACUGUGGUUUGUACUUUAACAAAAGAAGACAACCGUACAGUAGGUGUGAUACCAAAUGACGAGCAGCUUCAUGUGUUGCCUCUUUACAAAAUAUCACAAACAGAUGAAUUUGGCACGGAAGAGGGGCUGGAAGCCAAGAUUAAAACUGGGGCAAUCCAAGUGCUAACGGCGUUCCCCCGAGAAGUGAGGAUGUUAGCCGAGCCACGUAGAGCCACCAAGAAAAAGCCAGACGCAAAAAAGCAAAGUAUAGCUGGAAAAAAGCAUUCUGCGCCUGUCAGGGGGAAAAACGGACUGCCAGAAAACACCAAGAGAGCAUCACAGAGUUCGGGGAGCAAACUAACUAUAGUACAACCUGAGAGAAAAAUGGAGACAGCCGAAUACUUUUCUACCAUGAAACCUAAUUUAGGCAUUACUACCGAUUGCUCUCCGUUGAAGCAACGUGCUCCAUCCUCUCCUUUAAAACUGGAUAGUUUAUCUUCUUGCUCUCCAUUGAGUGGUGGUCUAAUGCCAGUAACAAAUAGCCAAGAAGAUGUUUCUACUCCCUACGGGUAUUUACAAUGCAGUAGUAAUAAACCUCACGUGAAAUCCAAAGGUAAUAAUAAUGUUGACAUGUCCCCUCGUGAUUAUACUGGAAUUGUGAUGGAUGAGAAGAGAAACUGUGUGCCUCUGCUUCUUCAAGACCUGACUAUGUCGAGGUCGGCAGUCAACAGAGAGAAUCUGCCCCUGACCGCUGAACACGAACUAGUUAACAAGCAAAAUUGUGAAGUUAACUUAAAGUCCUCUUCUGCCUCCCAAGUAGCUAGCUCUUGUGAGUCAAUGUUGCAACUGGACGCCCCAGAAGAUGUCUCUAGCAACGGUUCUUCCCAAGAGCACCCAGUGCAAAAGAGUGGAUUACGGCAGAGCCUAAGUUGUGAUUCUACCACUGUGGAGAACAGGUCCGGCGGCCAGCUCUUAAAACACGCCGGUUCUGAAGAAAAAGCAGAAGAAAUGUGGUCCGACAGCGAGCAUAACUUUUUGGAUAAUGACAUUGGGGGGGUAGCUGUAGCGCCAUCCCAUGGUUCCAUCUUAAUUGAAUGUGCCCGGCGCGAGCUGCACGCCACCACGCCUCUUAAAAAGCCCAACAGGAAUCAUCCCACGCGGAUCUCUUUAGUCUUUUACCAACACAAAAACUUAAAUGAGCCAAAACAUGGGAUAGCCCUGUGGGAGGCCAAAAUGGCAGAGAGAGCAAAAGAGAAAGAAGCUGAAAAAUCAGGAACCGAAACCACUGGUCUGCCGGCCACUGACAAGAAUGCAAAUCAGACCAAUGCAACCCAAGAGAUUUUCUACAAAGAAAGUGAAUUCAACCAAAUUCCAUCUCGCAGAGCAUUAACCGUAACUCAUGAUAAUAUUCUAACAGUGUCUACUUACGCCCUCACACGAGUUGCAGGGCCCUACAACCAUUGGGCAUAAGCUCUUAUAGCAAUGACACAACUUUUGCUUGGAGCAGUGUUACAAUCCUAAAGGUGCUGUUAAAGAACAAAGUCUCAUAUGGUUUACUCUUUGUUCAUCUCAACCAUUUUGAAGGCUGAGGUAAAAAUUAUUUUGUUUUUAAACUGUGACUUUAUAUAUUUUAACAUCUGGUGAUUCUCAAGUGUGUGUGUGUAUAUAUGUGCAUGUGUAUUCACAUGCAUGCACUCGCGCACACACAUAUUUUAAGAAAAAUUGGCUAGAUUAUUAACUGAUUGAAUUACUUGGUUUAUUUACCUUUUUGGAAUUUAUACUUUGGUGCUUUGAAUUGUCUGUUUAUUAUAAAUGGGCUUUUCAUAAAGAUUUUAACUGAUUUCAACUUUUAUUAUGUAAAAUCAAGUUAAACAGUAUUAGGUAUACACAGCUCUUGGUGCUUAAUCACAUUGAACAGUUAAAAAUAAGCUGAUUUUAUUUCUUCAUGGUGCCAUUGCUCUUACAGCUUCCAAUCACUUGCUGUGGAUCCUAGCUUAAGGAGAAAGAACCAAUGAUGAUUUAUUUGUAUAUAGAUUUUUCUCAUGUAUGUAUAGUUUGUGUGUGCAUGUGUGUAUGAUCCACAUGCAAACAAAUAUCACGUAAUGGUUGGAGGUUAUAAAUG